AUUCCUUCCACACAGCCACAGUUUUUGCCGCAUCGCCUUAAACGCUGACAAUAUGUGGCAAGUACCCCGGGCAAUCAUUUGAAAUAUGCUCCAUUCAUUGUGCUGGGAAAUGUGCCCGCCUUCUGAUGUGCUCUACUAGAAAGUGUGGAUCUUCACCUGAAGCUGUUCUGUGCGUUAGACAGAAAAGCGCUGAGAGCUGGAGGUGAAACAACGAACUCGCGAUGAAGAACCAGAAAUGUUUAACUCGAAAUGUAGAUAGGUAUUAGACGCGUACGCGAGGAGACAAGUUGCAGGAAUUUUAAAUAACGAAGGGUAACGGCAUGGGACAGGACUUUUACGAUACCUUUCCGUAAUUUUCCUUUCGAAAAUUUCCUCGGGUAGUUUCGGAAGCCUUAUCGCUUUGACGAGAAAGGUGGUUCACACUGGAUAACAUUUCGCUUUAAGAAGCUCGUUUUUAGUUUAUCUUAUCAUUCCCAUUUAGUAGGCUACUGUCGCUGGCACAGCGAAAGAUGGUGAGGUUGUGAGCCUACACGAGGAAGCCGAUUUGUCUCGAGUCGACUGCAACUCCUAUGGAAUUGAUUGUUAUCAUGGACUUAACAAAUCAUAAAACGAAGACCCGACCACCCUCUUUACCUUUCCCGGAUGGUAACGGCACCGGACAGGGUGUAGCCAAAAGACACCGUCCGACAGAGUACAGAGAUUCUGCGAUUGUGAUAUCCAUGAGUGACGGUGCCCUACCACGUGAACAAUCUGCCCCUUUGACAGUGCAGGAUAACCGGUCCAACAUGUCCAGGCCCAUGAUCACCAGAUCACCAGCCUCUCCACUGAGUAACCAGGGCAUCCCCGCUCCGGCCCAGCUCACCAAGUCCAAUGCGCCGGUGCACAUUGACGUCGGGGGCCACAUGUACACCAGCAGUCUGGCCACAUUAACAAAGUAUCCCGAGUCCAGAAUUGGCCGUCUCUUUGAUGGCACAGAGCCCAUUGUCCUGGACAGCCUCAAGCAGCACUACUUCAUUGACAGGGAUGGUCACAUGUUCCGCUACAUCCUCAACUUCCUCAGGAUCUCAAAGCUCCUCAUCCCAGACGACUUCAAAGACUUCAGUCUGCUGUACGAGGAGGCCCGGUAUUUCCAGCUGCAGCCCAUGCUGGCAGAGCUGGAGCGCUGGCGGCACGACCGGGAGCUGAGCCGGGUGUCGCGCCCCUGCGAGUGCCUGGUGGUGCGCGUGGCCCCCGACCUCGGCGAGAGGAUCACGCUGAGCGGGGACAAGGCCCUCAUCGAGGACAUCUUCCCCGAGAUCGGAGACGUCAUGUGCAACUCUGUCAACGCUGGCUGGAACCACGACUCCACACAUGUCAUCCGCUUCCCCCUCAAUGGCUACUGCCACCUCAACUCUGUCCAGGUCCUGGAGCGGCUGCAGCAGCGAGGGUUCGAUAUCGCUGGCUCGUGCGGGGGCGGCGUGGACUCCUCCCAGUUCAGCGAGUACGUGCUGAAGAGAGAGCUGCGGCGGGCCCAGCGAGGCCCUCAGACGAACAGGAUAAAACAGGAGCAGCUGGACUAACGACCUCCCAGCCUCAAGGGGCGCCAGACAUUUCAACUACCGCAGAAGCACGGACACUUCCUGUGUGUUAUUUUUUUUCCCUUUCUUUUUUUUUUUUUUUUACGUACAUAAGACCAAAAAAAAACAGAAAAAAAUGCAACUGAAUUUUUUUUUGCCACAAGAAGAUACAGAACGUUUGAUGACUUUUUAAACCGUCGAUUUUCUUGUGACUUUCCCUCGAAGACAAAAAUGUCCCCAAAUGAAGUUUGUUUUAAAACUUUGAUGCUACAGUAUAAAAAAAUAAUCUAUGUAUAUAAAGGCCAACCUGUUCAAAUACGAUUUAAAAAAUGAAGUUUGUUUUUACCACUACUAUUUUAUUAUUCCAUGCAACAUUCCACAGAGUGAAGUCAGCAGAGUGUUGCAAGAACUCCGUCUCUGUGUAUGUGAUCUCUGUUUCCCAUGUUGUGUUAACAUUUUUAAGCAGUUUUUCCAUCGUUUUUCUUCUGGACAAGUGAAAUGCAAAAAUUAAAACAGUUGAAGUAUGUAAAGAUAGCUCAAAGAACUUUUAUGGAAAAUCUCACAGUAUGCCAUGAUGUCAUGGUACAUUCUCCACUCGUUAAAAUGAAAAUGAAUAAAUAAAUUAUGUUAAUACCAUUA